UACGUGGCUGUCCCACGAAUAAUUGUGGUACCGUAAAAAAUCGCCGCUUCAAUAUUGGAUGCCGCACUAUUUCUGUCACAGUGACAAAAUUAUAUGUUCGGACGAUAAUUUGUGAGAUAUAAAAAGUAUAUUGGUGUGACAUAGUGUUGUUUUUUUCAGUGAAGUGAUGUGAUUGUUGUAUUCGAGAUUUUUUUUUGUUUUACCCUUUCAUUUCGGAAGACCACUUUGUGGGAGGAAUUUCCAUUGCUGCGUUUUUGGGAUUACCCGCUGCUCGUUUAUUUCAGCCAGCAACCACGAGGAUGUAAAUUGGAGUUCUUGUAUCUAAGAUAAUGAAGCCGUAGUUGCAAUUUGUGAUGGCACUGAAAUAGUUGAAAAUGAAUAUUGUAAGAAGAUUACUAGAAACAUUAAGAACAGAGGCGGUGAAGAAGAAAUCACUGCAGUUCUAGAACUAUACAGAGCAGAAGAGAACGUAAACAGUAGUAUUGUAAUAAUGAAAGGUAAUACGGCGAAUUUGAAGAUAUUCAGGUGUAAGAAAGUGUGUGGAGUUCGAGUGAAGGAAAUAAAGGAAACGAGAUAAGGCCGCCACAUAUGGAUCGGAUAAACGUAACCAACUUGACGGCCAACGAAACCGGCGACAACUGGAAUGCCACCACCAGCAAAGCCACCACUGACGAGUGGACACACAGCAUCAUGUUCAAAUUCCGGACAUGCAUUCUGCUGCUCAUUGUCGUCAUGGCAGUGCUCGGCAACUUGCUUGUCAUCGUCAGUGUCAUGAGACACAGAAAACUCCGCGUCAUAACCAACUAUUUCGUCGUGUCCCUCGCCUUCGCUGACAUCCUGGUGGCAAUGGUCGUCAUGCCUUUCAAUUUUAGCGUCCAAUUCAAUCAAAGAUGGGUCUUCGGGCAGACGAUAUGUGAUCUGUGGAACUCAUCAGAUGUAUACUUCACAUCAACGUCCAUACUACAUCUGUGUUGCAUAUCCGUUGACAGAUAUUAUGCAAUUGUGAAGCCGUUGAAAUAUCCUAUAAAGAUGACCAAAAAGAUGGCAUUUGUAAUGUUAGCCGCCACUUGGCUGAGUCCCAUUACAAUAUCCUACGUACCAAUAUUCAUGGGAUGGUACACCACUGCAGAUCAUUUACAACACCGAACAGUUGACGAGUGUGAGUUUAAAGUGAACAAGCCAUACGCUGUUAUAUCUAGCUCAAUAUCCUUCUGGAUACCGUGUACAAUAAUGAUAUUCACAUACUUAGCGAUAUUUAAAGAAGCUAACCGGCAAGAGAAGGCAUUACAUGCAAGAGCGGGGAACGCCAUGCUAAUGCACAGGCAUUCCAGGGAAGUUGGUGAUAAAAAUGGAGCGUUACACAUAAAUGCCAAUACCCCAACCAAAGAUAGGAAUAUACUUAAGAUGAAGAGAGAGCACAAAGCAGCGAGAACUUUAGGCAUCAUAAUGGGAGCAUUCAUUCUUUGUUGGCUCCCGUUCUUCCUGUUUUACGUGUCGACAUCUCUUUGCGUUACGUGCAAGUGUCCUGAUGUCGUAACUGUGAUCAUGUUUUGGACUGGUUACUUCAAUUCCGCGCUGAAUCCUAUAAUCUACGCGUACUUCAAUAGAGACUUUCGUAAUGCGUUCAAGAAUACAUUAGCUUGUGCGUUCUGUAGUUUUUGUAGAAGAAGUGCAUCAGAUUUGGACGCUAUGGAACGACUUGACAGACGAGGCUCUGGACAGUUGCGGGUACCCGUUCCAUCAAGGAGAGCAUCCGAUUUAGCAUCUCUUUGAAUACCGAAGUGUAACGCGACACACGUUUGAGGCCUAGUGUAAUCUCAACGAAGUAUUUUAGGCCAAUUAGAAGAUGUACUUAAUUUUGUUGUGACUGACACUUUUUUGUAGCUUUUUAAAAAAUGUACAGGUAAUUAUAUUAAGCAUUUGUGUGGUAUGCAAAUUAAAAAAAAUUGGUCAGUCAGUUAG